AUGCCAGCCGCGGAUGUGCGGCGAGAAACGGACCUAGUCUUAUCGAACUCUCGCGUGACACGGAGGUCACGGUUGCUCGCACGUUGGCCCAUUCGCGACAAGCUGCUUGUCGGUCUGGCAUUGCUCGUGGUGAUCGUCAUGGGGUUGGCGGUUAGCGGCUUUGUCGGGCUGUACUCCUAUCGUGCGCUGGUGCGAAGCAUAAGCUGGCGCGUGUCGGAAUUGCCGUUGGCGACCGAACUGAACAAACGUGUCGGCGAUCUGCGGGUCAGUCAUCGCGAAUGUUUGCCGAUUAGUGAGUUCCCGUCGGCAAGCGGCACUCAGCCGGCCAGCAUGCAGAUGGCUCGAACUGAUUUCCAAGUGAGCCGCAUGGGGGUUGAGCAGGCCCUGUCCGAGUACCGGGCCCAGUUGGCUCACAACGAAAAGCAAAAGACGCGCAUCGGCGACAGUUCCAAAGAGUGGCGAACCGUGCGCGAGAUUGAGGCUACGCUUGACCGCAUUGCAGUGGCCGAACGUGAAGGCGAUUGGAUUCUUGAACCGGCGACCGCCAAAAGCAUUGGCAAAGAGUUGGAAGACCUUCAGGCCCUUACAGUCGAGUUGCCCGGCUACUUGCAACACAACCUGCUCGACUUCAAGUACCAGGCCCGAGCUCAAUACCGAACGCUAAUUGUGCUCACCUGGCUCACCACUCUACUUACCGCUCUGAUGCUCACACUGUUGGUACAACUCUUCUAUCGUUGGGUGUUCCGCCCAUUGCGGAAGUUGAUCAAGGGUUCACGUCGCGUGGCCGACGGGCAGUUCGAAUACCGCAUCCGGCUCGAUUCGCACGACGAAAUGGCCGAGCUGGCUGAGUCGAUGAACAGCAUGACCGAGCAGUUCCUGCUCAUUCGCGACGAUCUCGAUCGCCAAGUGAAGCAGCGCACCCGCGAGGUGAUUCGCAACGAACAGUUGGCCAGCGUCGGCUUCUUGGCCGCCGGCGUUUCGCACGAGAUCAACAACCCCUUGGCUUCGAUCGCCAUGUGUAGCGAGGCCUUGGAAAGCCGGAUGAUGGCCUUCGAGGGCGGCGACGAAGAAGAGCGGAACGAAGCCGUGCAUUACCUGCGGUUGAUCCAGGAUGAAGCGUUCCGCUGCAAAGAAAUCACCGAGAAGUUGCUCGACUUCUCCCGAAUGAACGACAUCCAGCGGAUUCGCACCGACCUGCACGAACUGGUGCAGGGGGUGAUCGACAUGAUCAGCCACCUGGGCCGGUAUCGCGAGAAGAAUAUUGAACUCAUCUGUGAGGAGGCCGUCUUUGCCGAGGUUUGCCCUCAAGAGAUUAAACAGGUGGUGCUGAACUUGCUGACCAACGCCCUGGACAGCAUCGCCAACGACGACCCCCACGGCAAAGUGUGCGUGGAACUAAGGACCGCCGCGGGUGAGGCGAUCAUCGAGGUGACCGACAACGGUUGCGGCAUGACGGAAGAAGUGCUGGAACACAUCUUCGAGCCCUUCUACACCAACAAGUUGAUCAAGGGGCAGCAGGGCACCGGUUUGGGGCUGCCGAUUUCGUACCGCAUCGUGGCCGAACACCACGGCAAGGUCGAAGUUAGCAGCGGCGGGCCGAACCGCGGUUCGCGAUUCCUGGUUCGCAUCCCGCUGAUCGCUCCGCAAAACGCCGACGGCAACGCGCCCGACUCGGACAACGAACUGAGGUGUGACAUCGCCAGCGAAAAGCCAAAACGCAAAAUGAAGUUGCUCUUUGCCGACGAUGAGAAGUCGCUGCAAGACGUGAUGAGCCGCGAACUGCCCCGCAUGGGACACGAAGUAACAGUCUGCCCCGACGGGCUGAAAGCCGUGGCCGCGCUCGAACGCAACACCUACGACUGCAUCCUGGUCGAUCUCGACAUGCCGGGGAUGAACGGUAUCGAGGUGAUCGGUAAAGCCAAAGAGCUUUCUCCCGAAACCGAGGCCGUCGUCCUCACCGGCAAGUCUUCGAUGGAUUCGGCCGUCGCAGCGCUGCGGCAUGGGGCGUUCGACUAUCUCACCAAGCCGUGUCGCCUGGUCGAAAUCGAAGCCCUGUUGGGUCGCGUUGCCGACAAGCUUGAGUUGACCAAGAAGUUUCGCGCCGUGAAGCGGCAGCUCGAUCGCCUCGAAGGUAGCUCGGACCUGAUUGGCGAGAGCGAAGCGAUGGGUCACGUGCGGAACCUCAUCUCGAAGGUGGCCCCCACGAACUCCACCGUGCUGAUCCUCGGCGAGACCGGCACCGGUAAGGAACUGGUCGCUAGGGCUGUCCACCGCCAAAGCCUGCGGGCCGAUGCCCCGUUCGUGGCGAUUAACUGUGGGGCUUUGCCCGAGAACUUGAUCGAAAGCGAACUGUUCGGACACCGCAAGGGUGCCUUCACCGGGGCCGACGAGCAGCGUGUCGGGCUGUUCGAAGUGGCCGACGGCGGAACGCUGUUCCUCGAUGAAAUCGGCGAGCUACCCAAGUCGCUGCAAUCGAAGCUGCUGCGGGUGCUGGAAAGUGGCGACAUUCGCCGGGUGGGGGAGAACGAAGCAUUCAAAGUCGACGUGCGCGUGGUUUGUGCGACCCACCGCGACCUGGAAGAGAUGGUCGCCGAAGGUGAGUUUCGCGAAGACUUGAUGUUCCGCAUCAACACUUUCGAGAUUCGCCUGGCACCGCUUCGCGAGCGGUUGGAAGACAUCGAACCGCUGGCUCAGCACUUGUUGAGCCGGUUUCGCAAAGAUGGGCGAGGUGAUAACCAGUUCACCCCCGAAACGGUGGAAGCCCUCACGACUCAUUCCUGGCCGGGCAAUGUGCGUGAGUUGGCCAACGUGGUCGAGCACGCCGUGAUCCUCUGCCCCGAGGGGCCCAUCUCCGAGGAACAUCUGCCGCGAAACUUUAGCGCCCGCAAACUUCGCGGCCCGCACUUCAAGAUGGUUCGCCCCCAAUCGCUGCGUGAGAUCGAGCUGCAGGUAAUCCAGCAGACCCUCGAACGCAACAGCGGUAACAAGCCGAAGACUGCCGAAGAACUCGGCGUGAGUCUGAAGACGCUCUACAACAAGCUCAAUCAGUUGAGUGAGUUAGAGAAGUCGGCGUAG